AAAUACAAAAGUUUUCGACUUACAGCUGUGAAUUUUUUUUUAAUCUCUAUUGAUUUUUAUUUCUCUUAUUUUUUCAGGUGUCUACAGGACAAAGUAACAGGACAGUUUUUUUCAGAUGUUAUUACUAAUAGAAAGGAAAAAUUUCAUUUCCAGAUGUCUGAAGAUUGCUUAUACCUGAAUAUAUACACACCUGUUUCUACAAAAAAACAGGAGAAGCUGCCGGUCUUUGUAUGGAUCCAUGGAGGUGCAUUAGUUCUUGGAGCAGCAUCAUCCUAUGAUGGCUCAGCAUUAGCAGCCUUUGACAACGUGGUUGUUGUGGCAAUUCAGUACAGAUUGGGUAUAGCUGGAUACUUUAGCACUGGGGAUAGGCAUGCUCGUGGUAACUGGGGGUAUUUGGACCAAGUGGCAGCUCUUCAGUGGAUUCAGGAAAAUAUCAUACACUUUGGAGGAGACCCGGGAUCUGUCACCAUCUGUGGUGAAUCUGCAGGGGGAAUCAGUGUAUCUGCUCUGGUCUUAUCUCCACUGGCAAAGGGCUUGUUCCACAAGGCCAUUUCAGAGAGUGGUACUACAAUUAGGACUUUAUUCACUGAAAAGCCUGAGAAGGAAGCACAGAGAAUUGCUGCUGCAUCUGGCUGUGAGAAAUCCAGUUCUGCCGCUCUGGUUGAAUGCUUAAGAGGAAAAACAGAGGAAGAGAUAGAACAGAUAACUCUGAAAAUGGAUAUGACAACAUUGCAGCUAUGCCAUACCUCACCUGAAAAAUGUGAACAGGCUCCCGUGUUCAUCAGUUCCUGUGUGGAUGGUGUGUUUUUUCCAAAGAGUCCCAGGCAAUUACUGUCUGAAAAAGCAAUCAAUCCAGUCCCAUACAUAAUAGGAGUGAAUAACUGUGAAUUUGGAUGGGUAAUUCCUAAAAUGAUGAAAUUUCCUGAUUUUACGGAUGGACUGGACAAAGAAGUUGCCCGUCAAGUAUUACAGAGCUCGUUUGUAUUAUCAUUUGAGGGUGUUUCUUCUCACAUUGUUGAUCUUGUAUUCAAUGAAUACAUUGGGAAAGCAGAGAGCCGUGCCCAGGUGCGAGAUGGCCUUCUUGAUGCAAUAGGAGAUCACAUGUUUGUUUUCUCUGCCAUUGAAGUGGCUAGGUACCACAGAGAUGCUGGCCACCCAGUCUACUUCUAUGAAUUUCAACAUCGACCAAGCUCAGCCUCAGGCGUUGUUCCAGAGUUUGUAAAAGCAGAUCAUGCAGAUGAGAUUGCCUUUGUCUUUGGAAGGCCAUUCUUAGCUGGGAAUGCUACAGAAGGAGAAAGUAAACUUAGCAGAACUGUUAUGAAGUACUGGACUAACUUUGCUAGAAACGGAAAUCCCAAUGGGGAAGGCUUGGUGCAUUGGCCUCAGUAUGAUCUGGAUGAAAGAUACCUGGAAAUAGACCUCAUACAAAAGGCAGCAAAGAAACUGAAAGAAGACAAAAUGGAGUUUUGGGUACAGCUCACAGAACAGAUGAGGAGUGAAAGAAGGCCAGAGCACACAGAUUUGUGAGAGCUGCAGAGGAUACAGUUUCCUUUUACAGUCUGAAGUAAGGUCAACAGCAAUCUGUCAGAAUGCCGAUUUUAACCUUGACUUUCUAACUCACUGAUGUGUAGUUUGUUGUCAUGAUUGCAGGAAAACUUCCCUUGAUUCUCUCCCUCAGUGAAAAGGGAGCAUCAGGGGAAGUGCAAGAUGCUCAUGGAAAUAAAAAUCAGUGAUGAAGCAA